AAAGAGUAUCAGGAAUGAGGAACGAUUGUUUGUAUUUUGUAAAGACUCUUUGGUUGAAUUUGAGUGUGUAUUUUGGUAGUUUGAAUGUAUGGGCUGGAGAGAAAUAAUAGACUUGCACAUAUUGUACAUUGUAUAUUGUAUUGUAUUGUAUGUGUGUGCAUAUUUAUAUGGGUAGGUGUUAUUGAAACAGCCAAAGACCCUUUUUAAACCAACUAUUUUAGUAUCAAUAGGACACGUUUGAGUUUCUCUGUCUAUAUCAGCUUGUAUAGCUAUUCAUUAAUAUAAAAAGAAAAUCUUGUUCAAAAACCUACUUAAAUAGGGCAUUUGUUUUCUUUUUGGCUAAUUGAAGGCUAACUGAAGGAAGUUCUGUCUUUAGCGGUAUCCAAUAACCAGAUUAUUCCAUUCAUUGUUCAUAAUAAUUUGUUCGUCCAUCCUUUGGUCUUUUUACGGCUUUAUAACAAACAUACAAUGAACCCGGUAGUCAGAUUCACAUAUGGAGUUCUCCUUUCACUGAUUUUUUUGACGAAGUUUGCAAGAUGUGUACCAUUUAACCCAACGAGACGAGGAUCUAAAGACAAAGAAGAGCCAUUUUGCUCGCUUCAUCACCCUGGGACAGGAGAGUUUUAUGAUUUGAGCCCUCUAUCGCGGUCAAAUUUGUCUGCAAAGGGAGAUUACAAUGUGUCUGGCUAUGACUAUGGUGUUAACUUUACACUUAAUUUAUGCAAGCCAGUGACAACUAACCUUUCGGAUUAUUAUUUGGCUGGAGACAUUCCUUCUGCAAAAUCCAUAGGUGGCUUUUUUACGAAUGAAAGAAACCGUCUGUUUUCUAUAGGAGAAGCCUCUAGCAGCCCAUAUUUUCGAGGUAGAAAGUUGAUUAUGGAAUUGGAAAAUGGUUCUCUUUGUCCGUCUUCCCAUGAUCGCCGAAAAAAAUCUAUUAUUAGCUUUAGCUGCAACCGUGAUCCUUAUGCAUCUUCGUCCAUUUCUUACAUUGCAUCUGUAUUUGAUUGUGUUUAUUUCUUUGAGUGGAAAACAAUCCAUGCUUGUCCAACGGUAAAGAAAGAAACUACUUUAAGCCCACUCUCAGUCUUUUUGAUAUUUUGUACUGUUGCUUUUCUAGCCUACUUUGUUGGCGGAUGCGCGUAUAACCGCAUUAUUUUUAAUGCUCGUGGUUUACGACAAAUACCAAACUAUGACUUGUGGAACUCCAUGUGUAGUUUCAUUAUCGAUUUCACAAUUAUCGCUUUCGCUUCUCUCACUUCUUGUUUUAACUUUCGAAAGCCAGGCGGAAUACGCCUUGGUGAAGGCACUGUGAAUAACAUGGAAGAUGCUUUAAUAGACGACAUUGAUACGAACGCUUAAACUAUUCUUUUACCAUAUCCAUAUUCUAAUCGCUAAAAUAUUUUACUGUCUUUUGCCUUAUAUUCACAUUUUUGCCGUUAAGUUUAACUUCGGCAUUGAUACAACCAACUUAUACUGCUGUAUAUCAUGUUGUCGACUGAAGCUAACUCAAGUCAGCACCUAUAAUUAUUAGAACUAAUUACAACUCUAUACUUUACAAAUAACAUUAGGAUCAUGAAUUAUGAGAUAACUGAUUUAGAAUCAUCGCUGGGUCGAGCAUCGUUGAGGAAGGUCGGAAAGACUGACUAUUCUCAACUUUCCCCUCUCUUUGCUCAGAGGUUUGUUCGGCAUCUUCACCAAGAAAAUUAUCCCAAAACGGAAAAUGUUCGUUCGUAGACAUAUCAUUAUUACCGUAUAACAAUACGUCUGGUUCUCCCCCUGCCUCUUCAUCUAAAUGGGCAUCACUUCUGGUAAUGUAAAAUGAUGGAUGGUAAACUUUUCUGGCAUGCGUAUGAUAAUUCAACAUACUAGAAAGAGCAAGGAAGUCAACGAGUUCCUCAUCAGAAACCAUAUAUUGUUUGUAAGGUACUUCACCCAAGUUUGUAUUAUCGAACGAUUUAACAUUACCACUAUUCACAGAAGGGCUUAUACCUUCUUGAAAGUUACCAAAGGCUCGAUUUGAUUUGUUUUCUGACGAAUUCUUUUGAUAUUCAAGUAUAUUUGGUGACUGAAAAGUUUCUGACCCCAUAUUAUUUUCAUUUCGUUUCUUUUGUUCUGAUAUCUCCAAUUCCAUAUUCAAUUUUGCCAACAGCUCAUCCAUAAUGGGUAUUAAUUGCCUAGUUAGCCAAUCGUUCGCUAAUGUUUUUAAUGAAUUUCUCCCAACAGUCAAUUGAACAAGGAGAUUUCUGUUUUUCG